CCCCGUCGAGCGAUUGUUCAGGUCUGUUUUCUAAAUGGCGGCAGUCACGGUUACGAAUCCUUCUCAGCUGUUACCACUCGAACUGGUGGACAAAUGCAUCGGUUCUCGCAUUCACAUCGUCAUGAAGAAUGAUAAGGAGAUUGUUGGAACCCUGCUUGGGUUCGAUGACUUCGUCAAUAUGGUGCUUGAAGAUGUCACAGAGUUUGAAAUCACGCCAGAGGGCAGAAGAAUCACAAAACUUGAUCAAAUUUUGCUGAAUGGCAACAACAUUACAAUGUUGAUUCCAGGAGGAGAAGGACCAGAAGUCUAAAAAACACCAACCUCAAAAUGAAAAUACAAUUUAUGUUCAUGUUUCAUGGAAGAUUUCUGUAAAAUGAUCAGUUCUUGUUUUCAUGGUUUUCAAUUAAUUGUAUUCAUUCUUGUGAAGUUUUCACAUUAGUGCUUUUAUUUUUAUUAAGGAAUCCAAAAAGUUCUUGUAAACAUUUGUUCAUUAUUAAAGUAAAAUGACUGUC